UCUUUCAGUUUGGUUUGAGCUUCCAAAGAGUAUUAGGAGGACUAGUGUCCCGAGAUUCUUGGACAAUGGAGUGACGGAGCAAGGCCAUCAUGAAGGUCCUAAUGAAACAUAUCGUGAUUGCCAUCACCGCAGGUUUGACCCUGGCUGUGGUGGGCGUGUUACUGCUCAGGUCCCACUCCCCUCAACCUUCAACACAUUCCUUUCGCAUGAUUUGGCGACAACACAAGCUGAAGCUCCUUGACCACAACCUUCGGAAAAGAAGUCUGACGGCUCCGAGCUUCCCAACCUCCCUCAAGGAUGUGUUCAUCUCAGUGAAAACCUCCAAACGAUUCCACCGUUCUCGGUUGGAUGUGAUCCUGAAAACUUGGCACACCUUGGCCAAAGAUCAGAUUUGGUUCUUCACGGAUGAUGAUGAUUUGAGGGUUGCCAAGCGGGUCCAAUCGGGUCACUUGAUCAAUACGAAAUGCUCCUCUUCCCACAAUCGAUCUUCACUUUGUUGCAAAAUGGCCGCGGAAAUCAUGGCGUUUGCCAGCACUCCGGACAAGAGAUGGUUUUGCCAUUUCGAUGACGAUAAUUACGUGAAUAUCCCCGCUUUGGUCAAAAUGCUCCAGCACUUCAACCCUGAAGACGAACUCUACCUGGGGAAGACUUCGAUCCCAGAACCAAUCAAUGUUCUGGAUCACAUCCAAGAUCAACGCAAAAAUGUAAGCAAGAAAAAAGUAUCCUUCUGGUUCGCAACAGGAGGUGCCGGAUUUUGCCUUAGUCGACCUUUGGUGGAAAAAAUACUACCCAAAGUGAGGGAUAAUGCUUUCGUAGCAACGGGCGAGUCCAUCCGAUUACCGGAUGACGUGACCGUGGGAUAUAUCAUUGAACAUCUCUUCAAAACCCGACUUACCCCAGUUCCAAAGUUUCACUCACAUCUCGAGGCCCUCAAACUCAUUCCCCAAGAGUCGUUUUCGGAUCAGAUUUCAUUCAGCUAUUCCACUUAUUCUGAUCAAGAACAGAAUAUUGUACAAAUUGGGGGCUUGUCCGAGGCAAAAGACCCCACAAGGUUUUUAUCCAUCCAUUGUCAUUUGUUUCCGGGCACGAUCAAGGCAUGCGAUCGCAUUGUAAGAAUGUGAGAUA